UUCGAUUCAUGUAGCUGUACCCUCCCUCCCCUCCGUUCCUUCUUGUGGGGGGGUUACGGCUACACAUGUGCUAGCUUCAGGCUUUUUAACUUAUCUGCAAGAACAUGGCGGACAGUCUAUCAAACGCGAAAUGUGCGAUGUGUUGUGAGAACACGGCAAAAUAUCGCUGUCCCACAUGUGCUAAAAUAACAUGCAGUCUAAGAUGUGUAAAGAGUCACAAGUUGACAUUCCAGUGUUCAGGAGUGCGCUGUAAGACCAAGUUUGUAUCACUUGACAACUACAAGUGCAGUAAUUUACAAUCGGACCUUGUGUUUUUGGAGGACAUGGACAGACUUGUGAACUCUACAGCACAUCAUAGUAAAAACAAGUUGAACAGAAGACGUCAGAACUUUCAGGUUAGGCAGCUUUGUCUGGUAGCAAAGCAACAUGGUGUGGAUUUAAAGCUCUUACCUUAUGGAAUGUCCAGGAGGAAGGAGAAUACAACAGUUUUUAACAGAAAGGAAAAGUGCAUUAAGUGGAGAAUUCAGUGGCUAUUCCCUGAGGCUGGAGUGGAAUAUACUGACAAAUGUGUUUCAGAACAAGAAAUCUUAGGAGAUGCCCUUAUAAAGUAUAUAGACCCUGAAAAAGCAGAUGUUGUUUACAAACAAAGUUUAAAGAACUAUUUUGAAUUUGGAACCCAAGGAGUAUGCGUGUUUUUAAAAAAUGAGCUUGUUCCAGGGACCAAAAUUAGGUAUCACCAGCUAGAUAUUUCACAGACCUUGAAGAGUUGCUUGAUCAAGAAGACUAUAAUUGAAUUCCCCACCUUACACGUUGUACUCCUUGGGAAGACAGCAAGCUACUUCACCGGCAGCCAGCACACCGACGACGCGUGUGCGGUUUGAUUCUCUAUAGAUCCUGACUGAAUCGUCCAAUGAUCUCUUGUGCUCAUUAAAUUUAUAUUGUAUAUUAAUGUGCUCAAGAGACGAGAGGACUAAACAGUUUUCCAAACACGCCUGUGGGUCAAAUUGUGUUGCAAAUAAUUCCUCCAGAUCAACAAGCCAGAAUAAAUCUGACAGCAUCAGAGAAUCAUUCCGGCUUUCAAAAGUAUCCCCUGCAUUUUGCAGGGAUAGAAAUGUUGAUGUGUGAUGAUGUAAAUGAAGGCAAUAAAUGUUAAGAUUGGGUAGGAUUUGGAUUUUAUUAAAGUUGUUUUUGAUACUA